UUGAAAAGCACCGUGAGCGCCGCCGUGCCGUGCUAUCUGUCGUUUGCGCUGAUUUGUGUUGUCUAGAAGUGGUUUCUGAAUUUGAAAUAAAUGUUAUUCAGUGCGUUUGUAGUGACCUGAUCGCUGCAGUGAUGAAGUACACCAGGAAAAGCAAUUGCUAAAAAUCCGCCUGAAGCGAUGGGACCGGAGGCUUGACGAGUUGUACGAAGUACCCUUCCAGUCAACUCUCUUACUUCCGUCGCUUGUGCUACACAGGGAUGACAUCUGUAAUACCAGAAAUAAGGGUCUACUCACCAUCAGACAAAGGCGACGAUACAUCUGACUCUGACAGAAGUAGGAGAGUAAUGGCUGGCACAGAUAAAAGGAGCAUGGGGAACAUGUUCUACGGAAAUUCACGAGAAUCCAUCGAAGGAGACGCUUCAAACAUGGUUCCAUGGCUCAAUACAUUCAACAUGCGACCUUACAACUUAUCGUGCAUGCCUUCAAGUAUAAACUUCCGUUCGUCUUGCAGAUCGCACUCAGUAGCUAUAAACCGUGCAAAGCUUGGUUGCAUAACAAGCUCAGCGAAAUCGCUCGACGUCCUGCGUCAAAAUCUUCAGCGUAAUAUUAAUCGUGAAAUAGACGAGAUAAUACAGCGAUACUUGGAUAAAUUUUUCAAACCGGGCAUAGAGAAUGUGCGAUUCAACAAUGGAGAACAUUCUGUAUCAGAGCAACACAUGCAGGCUGUGUGUCGCCAGAUACUUGAAGAGGCAAAAAAGAUGUACCAUGGGAAUCACACAAGGGGCAACAGCCCUACAUCAGACUACAACGUCGACUCGGGACGUAACAGUCCAUCAGACGCAAAAUUGGGCCGCUUCCUUCACAAACACCAUUCCAGUAUUGGAAGGAAAAGGCACAAGGAUAAUUCAGAUUCAGACUCGGAGGCAAGCCAAAGUCAACAGCUGCUCAAGCCAAAGAAGAGGAAAGGCCGACCUCCAUUGCAUUACCAGGGAGGCCUCUCUGGCAGGUCUACACCUUCCAAGAUAAAAACUGAGCCUGUGAAACGUGAAGGCCCCAAGUGGGACCCAGCGCGAGUACAGCCGAGUACACAGUUCAUCAUGGGGGCAAAGGCUAACAAGGCACUUGGCCUGGGAGCGACAAGGGGACGGCUAUACAUCAAACACCCCGAAAUAUUCAAAUACUCUGGGGACCAGGAGGACAAACAGUGGCUGUACGAGCAUAAUCUGAUGCCUGCAACAGGGGGCAAAGCAUACAUGUUACUUGUGGAAGACAUCCGAGAGCUAGCAGACACUGAAGAAUACCGUGACAGCACAGGACUAAUGUUGGACGAGAUUGUGGGAUUUACGGUGCCCGAAAGCAUGCUGAUCAAAAUGCAGGCAGCAAUGCACGCGAUGCGAACUGAUCUCCCAGGACGCAAGCGCCCGCGUGGUGCUGACACAGCAAGUGACCGCAGCAGCCACACCGACCAGAAGUCUGAUGGACGGCAAGAUGAUGGAUCACGUGCUGCAUCCCCUGCCGCGUCACCUGCAGAUGACUUGCUCAGUACAGGCUUGCAUUCUGGUGAUCCCUCACCAUUCAGCCUUGGCCCUGGCUUUGAGGACGUGUCCCCAGCUGCAUCUGACCUAAGCGCUACAUUAGAACCACCGUUGACAGCUCCUUUUGACCUUGGGCCAAGCCCAGAUCCUGUCAGUUAAUUUUGUGAGGUGUGCUGUGUGUCCAUUUGCUGAGCUUGUUAAAAAGAAAAGAACCGUUACAGUGAUAUGAUACGUAUUUAUCUCAUAAUAUAAGGGUUUAGAAAAUCAAGAUGAGAAUAUUGCCUUUUAUUGUAUUGUAGGCUUUAGUGCAUUUCUAAACUGCCCUCAUUGAUAGCCUGGAUAUUGCCUGUUUCCGGGGGUGAAAUAUAAAAUGUCAUUAUAUGGGGUACCAAUCUGGCAGAUUGAUUUAGCUGUAUUACUCCCAUGAUUGCAUCCAAGGUGAACCCAUAGGCACCCAAGGGGGCUAUGACAAUUGGUACAGCAAUGCCUCACUAUUGUAAAAUUGUGAGUAAAGUGCAUGUUUGUUUUUGUUUUUGUUUUGUUUUUAAUGCAUAAAAUAAAUUUCAAAAAAUUUCACAGACAAGCAAGAUGUACACUAAAGUCGUUGCAGUUGUUGCACUCUACUCUCACAGGAAGUAGUGUUUGCUGCACUAUUAUUGUUCAAAAUAGACUUCAGUGUUGCAGUUCUGUUUCAAGUAUGGUAGUUCAGGUUGUCUGCAUGCAAAAGUUUGAAACAUAUAAACGCAUCAGCUUUACAUAACAAACUGAAUGUCUUAAACACCAAAAUUAAUCCACUGAUAAGUGCAGUAAUGAUGUUAUUUCUUUUGUGCAGUAUAUUGGAUGAAUUAUCUAGAAAUGUGCAUCAUUACCGUGUUGUAACAUGCUUGUGUAAAUGACAAAGGAAGUUUUAAUUGAGGUUGUAAACAAAUAAAUGAAGAGGAAAUGCACAA